ACAGAGAUCCGGCUGAGUGUCCAGAAGUCCCGGGGCCUGGACCACCCCGGCAGGCUGGCGAGACCAGCUCCGACAGCAGGGACUCAGGAGACGCUUCUGGGCUGCUCGGGGUGGCGGUUCUGUCCCCCGAGUCCGUGCAUGGACCUGGGCAGCCAGGCCCAGUGGUCGGCUCUGAUGCGUGUCUGGGCUCUGCUGGGUUAGUGCCCGGCUCCCUGGACAGCUGCAGGGGCUGGUUCCAAUACCAGACUGCCUCGUGGGCACGUGUCAAUGUCCCAAGGAGGUGUCUCAGUGCAGGCCCCUGAAGCUGGGACAUUCAGAGCCCCUCUGGGGUCCCUCCUCUGAUGCAGGAAUGAGGGGGCCCAACCCUUCCGGGAGGCACACACACAGGCCCCCAGGGCCCAAACUGCCGCUCUGCACACAGCCCAAGCUGUACAGUGGCGGACAGGUGAGGGGGGCAGGUACCAUGAUGGGCCAGUGGGGCCAGAGCCCCUCACCCCCUCGGCAGGGACCCCUCCCUUUGGGCCCAGCCUCCCAUAUAAGAAUAAAGAGGAAAACACAAUUUUGAGGCCAGCCCUGUUCUGAGGGACACACAGGCCACAGGCUUUCCUCUUUAUGGGUCUUGUGCUGAGCGUGGGUUGGGGUCAGUGGGGAUGGGUAGGGGAGCCCCAGGAAGGUCCAGUGGCAGAGGGAUGGCGGGCACUAGGCCCUCCAGGGAGGGUCACAAGCUUGCUGGGGCCCAUCUCCACAGACCUGCCUCUUGUUGUGCCUGCUCUGUCCCCAGGGCCUCAGAGCCCAGCCCAGCCUGGCCCUGCCCCACCCGCCUGCCUGCAUCUCCCGGGCCUCCACCCUGCCGUCCUCCUGCCUUGCAGAGGGGUGGUGGGCUGCAGGCUACUGGGGCCUCAGGCGCCCUGCAGGGCCCACCCUGCCCCAGGCAGGGCUGCAGGAAAGGCCUCCUCCCCCACCGGGAGCACCUGCUCCUCACGCAAGGCUGGUCUGCCAGCUCCACUGAAGCAGCCCAGCCAGGCGGCACGGGGCACCUGGGGCAGCAAGGGGCAGACGCCGGCAGGCCCCGGGCCAGGGGCACUCCCUCCUGGGCCUCAUGUCCACAUCGCUGCAUUCAGUGGGGCUGGAGCCCUAACCCACCUCCCGCUCCCCUGCCUGCUCUGCCCUCCAGGGCCCUGCUGAAAACCAAUUCUACCAGGGGGCCUGCUCAUGACACGCAUGUGGGAGGUCUCUCCCGGGCUGUCCCCAGUGCUGCUGACCCAGGGUGUGGAGGCCGAGCACAGCAGGUCUGCCCUCUCAGACUCUUGGGGUCACCGCUGUCCGGGUGUCCCACAGCUUGGCUCCCAAGGGCGGACCUGCUGUUUCCCCAGGCGCCCCGUGGUCAGCAGAGGCCAAGGGGCCCAGGGAUUUCCAGGUGCUUGGCUGUGGGAACUGCACAAGUGACAGGGGGAGCAGGAGAGCAAAGGGGGUGGGGGGGCCUGGGGCCAAGAAGGGAUGCCCCACAAGCGAGGGUGGGCAGGUGGCACCAGGCCUUGGGGGCUGAGGACAGAGAUGGUGCUGGGAGGUGAGCCUCGUGGGCUGCCGGAGGGGAGAUGAGGAAGGCUGACGUGGGCCAGGCUUGGGGACGGGGAGAGAGGCUGGGGGCUCAGCCUUGGCCAUCAGAAUGGUCACUGGCGCUUCCAGCAGACCCAAGCCCUGCCCUGGGGUGCUGGUUCAGUCCUUUGGGAGGCUGGGAAUUCAGACAGCCCACGCGUGACUGGCAGGACCCGGGUGUGGUGGUGUCACUGUGCCCUCCCAGAGAUCCCAUCAUUGCAAUAUCCUUGUGUGGGCACGCGGGUAGUGAGUCCCCUCAGUAGGGUUCUCCACCCACGGUUGCACCCACAAUCGCAGCCUGGGGCACGCGGUGUCCACAGACAAGAAAGGAAAACUGAGGUCCCCAGAAAAUGGGGUUUGCGGCAGAGCACAGGCCAGACUGCCUCCCUGUAGACACUGUACCCCGUAUGCCACACAUUUGCCCACAGCUGAGUCCUGCCUGCCAGGCUGGGGGCCAGAGCAGCCCAGACACCCUGACUCCCUCCCCUGCUGAGUGCCCAGCACCAACGUCUGCUGGCCCGAGGACACACACGCAGGCAUGAAGUGCUUCUGAGCAGAGCCCCACCUUUGUUUGGGGUAAACAUGGGUGCCUAGGAACAGGCACAGGCCAUUGUGGACCAGUGGGCAUCAGAUGACCCCUGCCAGCUGCAGGGCCCAGGCGUCAGGCCACAGUCCACUCCCAGGUGCGUGAGCCAGCCCAGUGCUGAGCCCAGGGCCUGCUGACUACCCAGAGACCCUGGUCUGUGCUCCCCCAGGCUGCACGUGGGCUGGUGACAAGGUCGGGGCAGGGACACUACCUGCCGUCCUCAGGCUUUGGCCUGGCUGCUGUCUGCAGGGGCGAGGACAGCUGGGCCAAAUGGCACCGGUCAGCUGGGGGGGGGGAUGGCUCUGCGCCCUCAGGCUGUGGGCUGGUUUGGAAAACCACAUGGAGGGGGCACUUGCCCAGGGUCCCCAUGAGACACACGAGGACUGUUGAGGCCUCUGAGGAGUGGCCCUACCUCCGGGGCUGCUCUCAGCCUCUGUCCCGGGUGUGCAGUCUCCAGGGGCUGCAUGCCCAGUGCCCUGUGACAGUGCGCCAGGGCACUCCCGGGACCUCAGGGCAGUCCUGGGGAUUCCCAGGCCUCAGCAUCGCCAUCUGCUCAGUAGCACCCCACUUCCAUGUCCCUGGGAGAAUGGCCCUGUCAGCAGGGGUGGGGCGCAGAGGCGGGCCGUAGCCCCUCCGGCUUCUCCCCUGUGGGCUGGAGCCUGGGUCAGGCACAGGUCCAAGCCUCCCCGGGGGCUGAAGCCACCCCCACUGCCCCCUGCCUGGCCUGGCCAGUCACUCAAAGUCCCCGUGGAUGUCAGCUGCCUCCCUGGCAGGGAUCUGAGAAAGGAGGGUGUUCUCACUUCUGGACACGGUAACAGGACCAAGCCAAGCCGGCCCACUGGGGAGUCUGACCAGCUCUGAACUUCCUGGCCCUGCACGUAUCUGACUGGCUCACUCUCCUUGGAGCCCAGGGACGGCGGGCCCAGGCCCAGCAGGGGUGCUCUUGUCCUGGGGCUGCCUGGGCUCAGCUCCGUGCACAGCCUGUCCCCAGAGAUCCUGAGUGGUGACCUUGGGACAUGCAACACAUACCCUAAUGCUCCCCCCCACCUGCAUCUAGAGACCCUCCCGCCUCAUGUAGCCUCUGCUACCCCCCUUCACACCCCAAGGUUCGUGCAGCCCUGAGACCCAACCCCGAUGUCCCUGUUGGGGGUGCCUCUCCACGCCCCUCCUUGCCCCCAGUUUCAACACCAGUGGGACUCUCGGGAUGGAGUGAGCUAUGCCUGUGGGCCUUGUCGCUCACGUGUGUCCACAGCCUCGCUCUCUAGUGUCUGUCCUGCUCCUGGCCCCCUUUCACAGCCCUUGUGCCUCGUACCCUAUGUGCCUGGAAGCCCCCCACUGACCUCUGAUCUGCCAGGUACCCCACCCCGCAUGACCCACUCAGCCACCAGCUCCCCACACCACACAGGUCUCCACAUGGCUCAGAAUGGCUCCUUUGGCCACACAGCACCCACUUAGGUUCUCAGGGGGGGCCCACCUGGCUUUCUCCCCUGUGAGGCAGCCCCUUGCCCCACCCUGUCGUCAGCACUGAGGGCCGAGGGAAGUGAGCUCCUGUCUGGGACAGAAACCAGCUCUUCCAUCUCCGUGUGCAGGACGAGUGGACAAAGGGAGCAGAGAGGUGAGGGCAGGGGAGUCGGCAGCCCCUCGGAAGCCGUGGGUGGUCGGCAGGAGGCAGGUUUCAUCAGGAUGGUGCAUGCCACUCAGCCAGCCUGUGCUCAGGGUGGAGAUGCCUGGGUGAAGCCACGAAGGCCCCCCGCAAGUGAUGCAGGGCUCCACGUGGUCUGGCACCAGCCAACAGGUUCCUGCCACUCAUUCAUUCAACCCAAACCAGGAGCUGCUCUCCAGUGGGUGACCAGUGCCAUCUGAGGGUGCCGAUGUGGAGGGAGGCCUGCUUCUGGAAGCAACACCAGGCGUUCCAGGCCCCAAGCAGCUGCCCCUCUGCCCCCAGAGGCCCCUGGACCAGCCCGGGGGGCAUGGUGACGUGUUCCCCAACAGAUCCCUUGGAGAGAGGCCCCAGAGCACCGACAAGCUGCAGGACAUGGCCCUUGAUGAGUGAGGCCACUUUGCACAUCACCGCAGUUCUCCACCACCAGCCUGAGGCUGGCUUGCCCUUCACAGGGGACCUCGGCAGGACACAGCCCUGCCAGAGGGGGGUGGUGGCAUAAAAGCUCCUGUGGAAACCAAGAGAAACCCAGCAGGGUGCCCUGUACCGAGCCCGGAGGGCACACUGAGCCCUGGUGACGUCCUCACUGCAGUCGGAAGGGUGGGUUCUAAAUCCUGCCUCAGUGGCCAGAAGCCUCUGACGAAGGUAACUCUGGACAUGGAGGAACGGCUGGGAGUGAACAGCCGGCUACCGUGGACCUGGGGCCACCUCCAGGCUGGGGACAGGGUGCAGCAGGGGAAACUGUGAUGGCCAGUGAGGUGGGCGGGCCCUUAGCUCCUGCCUGGGCCUGGGGGGUGGGGUCAGGCAGCAGGAAGGAGCACAGAAAGGGGGAGCUGGGCAGUAGAGGGGCAGGGACUCCCAGAAAGCAGGUGAGCAGAGCUCAUGGUCCCUGUGUCUCAGCAGAGAGCACAGAGAACAACAGCACAGGACGGUUGAUGAUGGUCUCGGGGUCACUGUGAGGUGGCCACAGCGGGAAGCCACGAAAGAGGAAAGGCACAGGCCAGCAAGGCCACAGCCCAGCCCUGGGGGCCGGACUGGGGGUGAGAAGAGAAGGUGGCACUGGGGCAGGAGGGGUGCCCGUGCGAGGCAGGGCGCCGGAGCCCCCCACAGGCCCUGAAUGCGGCUGGGGAGUGCUGCUGAGGGUGAGAAGGCAUGGCAGCCGUGGGCGGGGACCGGGACACCACAUCAGGUCAGCGGUCAACAGUUAGCAAACAGGAAGGGAGGCUGCCCUGGAAACGGGUCCUGGAGGCGAAUAGAACGGCAGGAGGAACCCAAGGCCCAAGACUGGAUGGUCACCGCCUCCCAGAAAAGCGUCGCUGACCCACAGAGCCCCUCCCCCCAUCACUCAGCCCUCUUGGUACAUGAACCCUUUGUGGAGUCAGCCAGUCCCAUGCCAGAGGGAAUGAGGGAUGGGUGUGUCUUGGUGACCCUCAGGGAAGCUGAGGUCCCCCGCCGCCCUCCCCCACUGAAGGGCCCAGUGUCACACCCAUGAGACACCCCACCCACCCCCUGAGGAUCGGGUG